GGCGGCGUUGCUGAUCGGACGGGGGGUGGGUGAGGGGCUCGGCGCUGCUGUGGAUGCGAGAAGCCGAUGUAAAGAAUGGUUCAACCCGUGCCCGAAACCAUCAACUUCCCUGCCGAGGAAGAGCAGAUACUGAAGAUCUGGAAGGAGUUGGACUGUUUUCAGGAAUGUCUGAAACAAUCUAAAAACAAACCAAGGUACACUUUUUAUGAUGGUCCACCUUUUGCCACUGGCCUUCCACAUUAUGGUCAUAUUCUUGCUGGGACAAUAAAGGACAUAGUGACCAGAUUUGCUCAUCAGAGUGGAUUCAGUGUGGAAAGAAGAUUUGGAUGGGAUUGCCAUGGCUUGCCUGUGGAAUAUGAAAUCGACAAGACGCUGGGUAUAAAAGGACCUGAGGAUGUAGCAAAAAUGGGAAUAGCUGAAUACAACAGACAUUGUCGAAGUAUAGUGAUGAGAUAUUCGGGAGAAUGGGAGACUGCUAUCACUAGAUUGGGACGCUGGAUUGAUUUUAAGAAUGAUUAUAAGACCCUGUACCCAUCCUUCAUGGAAUCUGUCUGGUGGGUGUUUAAGCAACUAUACGAUAAAGGACUUGUCUACAGAGGUGUAAAAGUUAUGCCGUUUUCCACCGCAUGCAACACUCCUCUUUCCAACUUUGAAGCACAUCAAAAUUAUAAGGAUGUUCAAGAUCCUUCUGUGAUUGUGACUUUUCCACUGGAGGAGGAUGAAAAUAUUUCAUUGGUAGCUUGGACAACAACACCAUGGACCUUGCCCAGCAACCUUGCUGUUUGCGUCAGCCCUGAAUAUCAAUAUGUGAAAAUCAAAGAGAUCUCUUCUGGAAACAUUUACAUAAUAAUGGAAGCCAGACUGGUAGCACUCUUUAAAUCUGACACUGAAUAUAACAUCCUCGAAAGAUUCAAGGGCAUUGCCCUGAAAGGCAAGAAGUACAAACCAUUGUUUGAUUAUUUCUUAGAGUGCAAAGAAACUGGAGCUUUCUCAGUGCUUGUAGACAAUUACGUUAAAGAGGAAGAGGGUACAGGUGUUGUACACCAGGCUCCAUACUUCGGUGCUGAUGAUUUUCGUGUCUGUGUGGAUUAUGGUAUAAUUCAGAAAGAUUCAUCCCCUGUGUGCCCUGUGGAUGCCUCUGGUUGUUUCACAGCUGAAGUGAAGGACUUUGCUGGACAAUAUGUGAAGGAUGCAGACAAGAACAUCAUUAAAUAUCUGAAAGAUAAGGGUCGACUGGUUCAUUGUAGUACCUUCAAUCACAAUUAUCCAUUUUGCUGGAGGUCGGACACCCCACUUAUUUACAAAGCUGUUCCAAGUUGGUUUGUGCGAGUGGAACACAUGGUGGACAAACUACUGGAGAAUAAUGACAAAUGCUACUGGGUUCCCGAAUUUGUCAGAGAAAAGAGGUUUGGGAAUUGGUUGAAGGAUGCACGCGACUGGGCCAUUUCUCGCAACAGAUAUUGGGGAACACCCAUUCCUUUAUGGGUUAGUGAAGACUUUGAGGAGGUGGUGUGUGUGGGAUCAGUAGCAGAAUUGGAAGAUCUGAGUGGAAUCAAAAUUGAAGAUCUUCAUCGAGAGAGUGUGGAUCACAUCACAAUCCCAUCGCAUGGUGGAAAAGGUGUAUUGCGACGGGUUUCUGAGGUCUUUGAUUGCUGGUUUGAAAGUGGAAGCAUGCCUUAUGCUCAGGUUCACUACCCUUUUGAAAACCGAAGAGAAUUUGAGGACAGCUUCCCCGCAGACUUCAUUGCUGAAGGAAUUGACCAAACAAGAGGAUGGUUUUAUACCCUCUUGGUACUGUCUACAGCUCUAUUUGGCAAACCACCUUUCAGGAAUGUGAUAGUAAAUGGACUUGUACUGGCAAGUGAUGGUCAGAAAAUGAGCAAACGCAAGAAGAAUUACCCAGAUCCAAUUAAUAUUGUUAAUAAAUAUGGCGCAGAUGCACUGAGACUGUAUCUUAUUAAUUCCCCUGUUGUGAGAGCAGAAAACUUACGGUUUAAAGAAGAUGGAGUGAGAGAUGUUCUCAAGGAUGUCUUCCUGCCUUGGUACAAUGCGUACAGAUUCCUUAUUCAGAAUGUUCAAAAAUUGCAGAAGGAGGAAGGUAUUCAGUUCCUUUACAAUGAAAGCACAGUUGAGGACAGUAACAACAUCAUGGAUAAAUGGAUACUUUCAUUUACACAAUCACUCAUCCAAUUUUUUAAAACUGAAAUGGAAGCAUACAGGCUCUACACUGUGGUGCCCAGACUAGUCAAAUUUGUGGACAUGCUAACCAAUUGGUAUGUGAGAAUGAAUCGUAAAAGGUUAAAGGGUGAAACUGGUACUGAAGAUUGUGAAAGGGCUUUGGAAACGUUGUUUGCUGUUUUGUUCUACAUGUGUCGGCUGAUGGCACCCUUUACACCAUUUAUCACUGAACUGAUGUACCAGAACUUGAGACACUUGAUAGAGCCAUCUUCUGUCGAAAAUAAGGACACAAGCUGCAUUCACUACCUCAUGCUUCCACAAGUAAGGGAGUCCAUUAUUGAUAGACGCAUUGAGACAGCAGUUGCCCAAAUGCAGUCAGUUAUUGAGCUUGGAAGAGUAAUACGAGACAGGAAGACACUUCCAGUUAAGUAUCCUUUGAAAGAAGUUGUGGUUAUUCAGAAGGAUUCAGAAGCACUGGAAGAAAUCAGAUCCUUGGAAAAAUAUAUUCUCGAGGAACUAAAUGUGCGUCAGCUGACAUUGUCCACAGAUAAAGACAAGUAUGGCAUUCGGCUUAAGGCAGAACCAGAUCACAUGGUGUUAGGAAAGCGCCUAAAGGGAGCAUUUAAAUCUGUUGCAGCCGCCAUCAAGGGACUCCAGAGUGUACAAUUGGAAGAAUUCCAAAAGUCAGGUUCCAUAAUUGUGGAAGGACAUGAACUUCACGAGGAGGACUUGCGUCUUAUGUAUACAUUUGAUGCAAGUACAGCAGGAAGCGCACAGUAUGAAGCUCAUUCUGAUUUUCAAGCUUUGGUUCUUUUAGAUGUCACACCCGACCAAUCAAUGGUGGAUGAAGGAGUGGCAAGAGAAGUUAUAAAUCGUAUCCAAAAGCUUCGGAAAAAGGCUCAUCUUGUGCCCUCAGACGAGAUCACAAUAUAUUACAGUUCCCAACCAACAGGAGAAUAUUUGGAUAACGUUAUUAAGAAUCACACUGAUUUUAUCUUGGGAACUGUGAAAUCCUCUCUGAAGCUCUAUCCAGUACCAAAUUCUGCUGAAAUAAUUAUACAAGAAAAAACACAGUUGAAGGGCUCAAACCUGGAUUUGACUCUUGCGAAAGGAACCUCGGAUGUUGGUGCUUUACCUUUGGGCCUUAACUGUGCAUAUGUUAACAUCAAGCUUUCUGUGGAUGGUAAAAAGCAAGAUGGUGUGAUAUUACUGGAAAAUCCAAGAGGCGAUAACAUUGUGAACUUGAUCAAGCUGAAAAAUAUGAUUAUCAGCAUAUUCAGGUUGCAGACAUCGAAACUGGCUAUCUUUCAUGAAAAAAAAGAACUAACAAACGAGACUGACCUGAUGAUCCUCAGUGGAAAGACUGUGUAUGUGACAGCUGGAACUGCACCAGAAGCUAUUAUACAGUCUGAAAAUCUGCUCUGCAAGUAUGUCAACUUGCAGCUAGUGAAUGCCAAACCCCAAGAAUGCCUGAAAGGAACGGUUGGAGCUAUUUUGCUGGAGAACCCAGCAGGUGAUACUGGGCUGACAUACCCUGGACUUCUUCACGAGACGGCCAAAGUAUUUGGCCUUCGAAGCAAAAAACUAAGAUUGUGCCUUGAUGAUGCCAAAGCAGAAGGAAUUACAAAUGACUCUUCUUUGAAGUUGUUGAACACAAAGACCAUUUACAUUCAUGUUUUACCAAGAACAGCUGAAUCCUAAGAUCUGAACAGAUAUGUUAGCUUUCAUCACUGCAUUGCAGCCACCUUCUGGGGUUAAUGGAAUAUUUAUAUCUGGAUUUUUUUUUUUUAAUUGUUUACAGUAUUGCUUCACAGAACAUCAUUGCACUUAACAUAACUGUUUCAUAAACUUAUUGAACACAUAUUUCAUUAGUUUUGGUUGGCUUAAUUUAGGGCUGAUUUUCAUUUUGAUCCCAGUUCAUACAAAUCUGUGGUCAGGCACAAUACUUUGGGAGAAGUGCGAAUAGGGAAUAUAUAAUAAAAUGGAACUGCAGAUGCUGGUUUCUACCAAAAAUAAACACAAAAUGCUGGAGUAACUCAGUGGAUCAGGCAGCAGAUCUGGAGAAAAUGGAAAGGUGAUUUCUGCUUGGGACCCUUGCACCUAAGGUUGAACCCGGUCAGCAACUCCAGCAUUUUUUGUCUGUCUUUUCCGAAUAAGAAAUGUCUCAAUCAUUCUUCAGAGUUUCUAAUUUCCACAAUACUUUGUAUUUAAGGUGUUGGGUAAUAACCAGUCACAUUUCCAGAGAGAGGAAAAGAAGGGAGUUAUUUCUGGGCUAUUGUUGCAUCCAAUUUCUGAUUUUACUAGCACUCUUGAUGGUUUAUGAAGGACAAAAUAGAGAGACUGAAUUCUCAUCAAUGCGAAUAUCCAAUAUAUGAGAUAAACUAUUACAAGAAUGUUAUAACUCUGAAGUAAGUGCUUGACAAUCUUUCUCACUGUUGCUGUUAUCCCUGAUGUGUUGCAAUCUAUUGCAAUUAAGGAAAAGCACAAUUUUUCCAAGAUUUCCUAAACACAUAUUUAUAUUGUGUGGAAACAUAACUACAGAUGCAUGGUUAACACAAAAGUGCAGGAGUAUCGCAGCAGGUCAGGCAGCAUCUCUGGAGACAUGGAUAGGUGACGUUAUAGAUUAUACCCUUAAGCAAUUCUGAUUUAUUAAUUCAUUAGUUUGUUUGUUAUUCCAUUCAUAACACAAUCUGCUUAACAGUACUGUCUUCAUCCCUGUUUUCAUUAGUUCAAUCGAAAAUCUUUUACCAAUGAUAGCAUCAGUUUAUUUGUGACACUGUAAAAGUAAAAGGUCAUUGAAUUUUCUCAAUUUCAGUGGCACAAGAAGUAUUGUGGUUUAGAUUCUUUGACUAGUUACUAGUUUUGCAGGAAAAACACUGGGUAACUGUGCGAACAGUCUUCUGUCCUCUACUGUAUGUAGUUUGUAAAACACACUGCCAGAAUGAAAAUAUAAUUAACUUUAGGCUUUAACAUUGGGAUGAAAAGCUAAUAACCAACAGUGUCAUUCAAUAAGCAAUUAUCAUCUCACAAUUCACAUGCUGGAUUUCUUUGUUUAUUCAGUCCCAAUUUAGAUUCAUAUUGUAUUAACCCCAGCAUGCUUUGACUUACGAAUUUUAAUAUAACACCUCUAGAAACAACUUUACACCCUUGUACUUCCAAAAGGCUUUGGCGAGAUGAAAAUGGUGCAUGCUGGUGUAUUUCAAUAGUUUCCAAAGAGCCAUUGCAACAAAAAAUGUCUGACUAUAUUCCACCAUGAAACUACGCAAUGCAAUUUCUCACAAAUGACCAAGAAAAGUAUUGGGUACUAAAAAUAUGCAGCUGACACAUUACAUUUUGGAAAUUCUUUUUUGUUUUUUUAUGCGGUUCCACAUGUGCCUAGGAAUGUUACUUAAAGGUUUGUAAAAAUCUCAUGGGUCUGUAAUAAAUAUGUUAUUGCUAAUAGCACAAUAUGAAUGCAAUUGAUUGUGAGCUCUCAAUUUACUCUGAAAAAUCAAGCUGAAAUUGUUUGUUUCUUGAUACAUGGUGUUAAUUUUAAAUAAAGAUUAUUAUGUUGCAAUGUAA